UCCAACAUAUUGGAGAUGAACUGGAGAAACCGAAAUCAGAACAGACCAGGGUCCAAAAUCUGGUAGAAAGUCUCCCUAGAAGAGUGGACGCUCCUCUAUCAGGACGUCGAUGCCCAUAGUUUAGGAGUGAAUACUCAACAAUCACAUAUGGAGAUACAGGCAAGAUGACAGGGUUGCCAGUUUGGCCUCCUCACGACCUGGAUCCGGAUAGGUGGAGGUUACCACGUCUCUCUCAGUCUUGAGGAUCGCCUGAAGGCUUUAUGAAAAUCAUGGCGGAUCAGGAAGCAUUUAAGUUCAGUCCAAGAAGGGGUGCUGCUAGUUUUCAGUCUCUGCCAGACUUUGACCCAAGCUUGCAAAUUCGCCGUCCUCGGGUACAGCUGACAGAUGACGUGUCCGUUUAUAGUGGUGCUACUGGACUGAGGAAAGAUCUACCUGCUUCCAGAGACCAUGAGCUCCUACUUUCCGAAGGAGUUGACGGACCCAGAAUUGAGAGGGCUUUCAUCCCAAAACUCAAAGAUAAACCUGAUUUUGGAGACACUCUAUUGGGAAAUGAGGAUGAAGCCUCUGAUGAGGACCAUGAUGCCCUGUCUCUCCAUGGUUUGUCGCCCGCUGCAAGCAUACUUUCGGAGGAAGAGCUCACCCUGGACCAGAUCAAGGACCUCAAGAAUCCAGACAAGAGCACAAAGACUGAAGUUUGGAGAUCUGACUGGCACAAGAAUCACAUGGCAGCAAUAAGUAGUGAGAAGUUUGACAGCCUCCUGAAAAUGUGUCCUGAUUUCUAUGGCUGCAAGAGCCACAUGGCAGCAUUUGUCUUGAUAAGAGAAGUGCUGGAUACAGCAGAUAUUCCAUGUGAGCACUACAAGGUGGUGGCUUUGGGAGCUGGCCGUUCAUGCUGCAGCAAGUGGCUUUGCUACAAUGGAACCAUGGUCCAUGACUGCCAUGCCAUCAUCAUCGCCAGACGGGCUCUCAAAAGGUUUCUGUACAAACAGCUUCUGCUCUUCUUUGAUGCUGAUCCAAAGGCCAAGGAGAACUGUGUUUUUGAGAGUAGUGCCGACAGCCACCACCUUCAGCUGAAACCCAAAACCAGUCUGCAUCUCUACACCAAUCAGUGUCCUGAAGGAGCAGCGAAGAACUUCUACUUCAAGGGCCCUGUGAAUGAUAUCUGGACCGCUAUGAAGCUGCAGUGUCAUGCCAAGGGCCUGCUGGUCCCUGUAGCCUACCUUGACCCGAGUGUGUGGGGCGCCAAAGUCUGCUGCAUGUCUGGUAGUGACAAGUUGUGCCGCUGGACUGUCACUGGGCUGCAGGGAGCCUUACUGAGCCACUUCAUCCAGCCACUCUACAUCACCAGCAUGGUGCAAGGAGGCCAGAAGCUCUUAAAUGAGGAAGUGUCCGAUAUCACCAACAUGCGACUAGGGGAUGGAUGGGAAGACUUUCUGCCGCCAUCCUACAAAAAACACAACAUCUUCUUUCUCUGUGGCGACUACGUGGGGCCUGUUGUGACCUCCCAUGAUGAUCUCAGCCUCAACUGGUGCCUCGGAGACAAGGAUGUUGAAGUUCUGGACAGUGGCAAGGGCUUCGUUAUUGAUGGCUCUCCAUCUGUGAGUGGGCCUGGCUUCUCCAGCAGACUUUGCAAGAGAGCUCUCUACAGUUAUUUCCUCCGAGUUGCACAGCUGGGUGGGCAUAGCUAUCUGCUGGAUCUCCCCACCUACCACAGCGUCAAGGUGGAAGCUUUCGUGUACCAGGCAGUCAAAGAGCUGGUCAAGCAACGGUUUCUGAGCAACCAUGCAGGUCCCUGGAAUCCAAAAAAGCUGGUGGACUGCUUUAGCAUUUGAAUGUAACUCUCGGUAACUUCACAUGUAGAAGUUUAAGUUCCUCUUGAGAUUUACUUUCCUUCCAUUUACUCUGUACUUCAUUUAUUACCUUUCAACAGUUAGUCUAGUUUUGUUUAUGUAUAAUAUUGCUCUUUUCAGUUUGUGUAGGUGUUUGAGAAAAAUAAACGAGACCCUACUGUUAUGC